CUAUUCUAUUCUAACAUGUACCCUCUCCUGUAGCUGGUCUGUACCGCUCGGUGCAGGCCCAUCACAGCCAGGCUCGUAGAGAGGGCAGUGCCCUACAGCAGGACACUGGACCUCUGUAUGACUUUAACCUCGACGAGGAGCUGGAGCUGGAGCUGGACGAGGAGACCAUGGAGGCCAUGUUCGGUCAGGACCUGGCCAGCGACACUGACAUCCUGGGCAUGUGGAUCCCAGAGGUACUGGACUGGCCAACAUGGCAUGUGUGUGAGACAGAGGAACGAGACGAGGUGGUAGUGUGUGAGUUGUGUGAGGCUAGCGUUGCCAACUUCAACCAGCACAUGAAGAAGAGCCACCCUGGCUGCGGGCGCAGCGCCAACCGACAGGGUUACCGGAGCAACGGCUCCUACGUAGACGGGUGGUUCGGAGGGGAGUGCGGCAGCGGGAACCCCUACUACCUCCUCUGUGGUAGCUGUCGGGACAGACACCUGGCGGUGAAGAGUAAAACCACAGUCCCCGUGACGGAGAGGUCAGUGGCGGACAGAAGGUAUAAAGGACUGGCCCCGGACCUCUUGGGGAAGCAGGACAGUGUCUAUGAAGAGGAAUGGGACAUGCUGGAUGUUGAUGAGGAUGAGAGGUUAACUGGGGACGAGGAGUUUGAGCUGCUGGCGGGACCGUUGGGUCUGAGCGAGCGCCGGGUCGUCCCAGAGGCCGUCCAGUUCCCCGACAGUGACCCCCUUGGAGCGUCCGUAGCCAUGGUGACCGCCACCAACAGCAUGGAGGAGACUCUGCUGCAGAUAGGCUGCCAGGGCGCGGUGGAGAACAGCUCCUCGGGCAGGGUGACUCUGGGGGAGCAGGCUGCAGCGCUGGAGAACCCCCACGACAGGGUCAUGGCUCUGAGGAGAGUGACCUCUGCAGCGCAGGUCCUACUGGCCAGGACCAUGGUGAUGAGAGCCCUGUCUCUACUCUCUGUCAGUGGUUCUAGCUGUAGCCUGGCAGCAGGGUUGGAGUCUCUGGGUCUGACAGACAUCAGGACCCUGGUCAGACUGAUGUGUCUGGCUGCAGCAGGGCGAGCCGGCCUCUCCACCAGCCCCACAUCUGGAUCAGGGGCCUCAGAGCGGCCCCGCGGGGCCACCAAGGCCAGCAAACCUAUCUCCUGUCUGGCCUAUCUCAGUACGGCUGUGGGUUGUCUGGCCUCCAACAGCCCCAACGCUGCCAAGCUGCUGGUCCAGCUCUGCACACAGAACCUGAUCUCGGCGGCAACGGGGAUGAACCUGACCACGGUAGACGACUCCGUCCAGAGGAAGUUCCUCCCCAGCUUCCUGAGGGGCGUGGCCGAGGAGAACAAGCUUGUGACGUCACCCAAUUUCGUGGUCACCCAGGCCCUCGUGGCCCUACUCGCUGAUAAAGGGGCCCGGCUCAGACCCAACUAUGACAAGGCUGACGCGGAGAAGAGAGGACCUCUGGAGCUGGCCAACGCGCUGGCUGCUUGCUGCCUGUCUUCUCGUCUGUCCUCGGGACACCGGCAGUGGGCCGCUCAGCAGCUGGUCCGCACGCUGGCCGCUCACGACAGAGACAACCAGAGCCGGCCGCAAACCUUUGCCGACAUGGCGGGUGACCUGCGCAAGUGCUCUUCUGUGAAGUUGGAGGCUCACCAGAGCAGGGUCAUCACGUGUGGUUGGUGCGGCAGGAAAGGCCUGCUGGCCACCAGCGGUAACGACGGAACAGUUCGGGUGUGGAGCGUUACUCAGAACCAGUACACCCUCCAACUGACCUGCGUCUUCAACAGGACUGCUGGUUCUCCAGAGGAGGGUGGGCAGUGUCUUGGUUCCCCAGGGGACCCCAGUCUGUCUCCUCUGGUCUGGAGCGUCACAGGGAAAUACCUGGCAGCUGCCAUGGAGAAACUAGUCAACAUCUGGCAGGUCACCGGUGGUAAAGGUCUUCUGGACGUGCAGCCCCACUGGGUGUCAGCUCUGGCCUGGCCGGAGGGAGAAGCAGUGUCCCUGUGGUGCGGGGAACCCAAAGAUGUGUUGCUGGUAGGACGUAUGGAUGGAUCCCUGGGCCUUAUAGAGGUCCACGAUGCCUGCACCAUGCGGCGCACUGAGCUGGAGCACUGCUACCGGAAAGAUGUGUCAGUGAUCCACAUCGCCUGGUACAGUGAGGACAGGCCGUUCGCCGUGGGCUACGCUGACGGCAAGCUGCUGAUUGGCACCAAAGAGCCUCUGGAGAAAGGAGCAAAUCGUGGUCAUCGAUGCCCAUAA